AUAAAUCAAAGUAUAAAAGUGCAGUGUGCAUCUAAGACUGAGCAAGUGACACUAAGAUGAUAAAUUCAUGUUUCCACAAUAGCGUUAACCCCUUUCCACACAAAAAGGAGCACGAGACGUGAAUGCCACUAUUUCAGCCACUGAUUCACACAAUAAAGCUGCUGAUGAAACGCAGGAGGAGUUGCCAACAGGGAGGGACUUUGAAAGUGAAAGUAACAAGUCGGACUGACAGACGCCAUUUUCUCGUCGACAGAGCCGCAGCAGCAGAACAGGGUGAGUGUUAACAGCAGCUCUGCUGGGGUUUUACACAUUCAUUCUUUAGUGUGUCCUGCUGUGUGUCUCUAACAAGCAGAGUCCUGGAGUCCAAUGUGAUGAAAUGUUUGUGAGCAUCAUCGCUACAUGUCACACAGCAGCACAGUCCAGAUGGAGAGCAGCCUCACAACCCGUCACCCUCCGGAUCAAUGCUUGUUCUUUCUCCAACCAGUCAACACUAAACUUCUUCUUCUUGCUUUUUACCUUCUAAAAGUUCAAAUUAACUUUGUGUCCGUUUCGGGGCGGAACUCCCGGAAGUAGUUUCAAAAUAAAAGCCGAUAUGAUGAGACAGUUCUGAUAACUCUCAGACUGGAGAAGAUGAAUGAUUUAACAGAUGAGGAGGAGGACGGCUCAGUGUCUGCAGUCCCCAGCUGUCUGUCUCUGAAGAGUGACAGGUCUAUGUACAUACCUCCACUCUUCAGUAAUGAACCUGGACCCUCAGACACAAAAAAGAAGAGCAAAACUCCUGUUUCUGUGGAGGAGCAGCUGUCCAGCUGUGCUUUGUGUCAGGACGUCCUGAAGGAUCCAGUCUCUACCAGCUGUGCACACACAGAUAGAGGUCUGCAGGAGGUUUUAGAUGAACAUAGGAUCAGUCUGAAGAGGAGAUGUGAACGUGUGACUGAAGGAAGUGAAGAAACAGUGAGUAAAACCCUCCUCAACAGGAUCUACACUGAGCUCUACAUCACAGAGGGACUGAGUGAAGAGGUUAAUACUCAACAUGAGGUGAAGCAGCUUGAGACAGCUUCCAAGAAAAAGAUCCUCCGUGACGCUCCAAUCAAGUGCCACGACAUCUUUAAAGCCUCACCUGACCAACAGGUACACAUCAGAGUCGCUCUGACGGUCGGCGUCGCUGGCGUUGGAAAAACCUUCUCAGUGCAGAAGUUCACUCUGGACUGGGCAGAGGGUUUGGAAAACCAAGAUGUCAGUCUGCUGAUUCCGCUUUCCUUCAGGGAGCUGAACUUGAUCAAAGCUGAGCAGUACAGUCUUCUCAGGCUGCUCCAUGUUUUCCAUCCAACCUUACAGAAGGUCACAGCAGAGACGCUCGCUGUCUGUAGCGUUUUGUUCAUCUUUGACGGCCUGGAUGAAAGCAGACCUUCACUGGAUUUCCACAACAAUGAGGUUGUGUCUGAUGUCACACAGCAGUCAUCAGUCAACGUGCUGUUGACAAACCUCAUCAGCGGGAAUCUGCUUCCCUCGGCUCUCGUCUGGAUAACUUCCCGACCUGCAGCAACCAAUCAGAUCCCUCUGCACUGUGUGGACAGGGUAACAGAAGUACGAGGCUUCACUGACGUCCAGAAGGAGGAGUACUUCAGGAGGAGAUUCAGUGAUGAAGAACGGUCCGGCAGAAUCAUCUCUCACAUCAAGACAUCCAGGAGCCUCCACAUCAUGUGUCUGAUCCCCGUCUUCUGCUGGAUCACUGCUACAGUUCUGGACCACAUGUUGACUACAGACCAGAGAGGAGAGCUGCCCCAGACCCUCACUGACAUGUACUCACACUUCCUGCUGGUUCAGACCAAGAGGAAGAAGCAGAAGUAUGAUGAGGGACAUGAGACGAGUCCACGGGAGCUGACGAAGGCUGACGGGAAACUUCUUCUGAAGCUGGGGAGGCUGGCGUUUGAACAUCUGGAGAAAGGAAACAUCAUGUUCUACCAAGAAGACCUGGAGCAGUGUGGUCUUGAUGCCACGGAGGCCUUGGUGUACUCAGGAGUUUGUACAGAGAUCUUCAAAAGAGAGAGUGUGAUCUUCCAGAAAACAGUCUACUGCUUUGUUCAUCUGAGCAUUCAGGAGUUUCUGGCUGCAGUCUACCUGUUCCACUGUUACAGCAAGAGGAACACCAAGGUACUGAAGAACUUCCUGGGGAAACACUGGGAGAAUGACUCAUCCCUGGAUGUCUUCCUGUCUGAAGCCAUGAAGAAAUCCCUCACAAGUAAGAAUGGCCACCUGGACCUGUUUGUCCGCUUUCUCCACGGCCUCUCUCUGGAGUCCAACCAGAGACUCUUAGGAGGCCUGCUGGGUCAGACACACAACAGUCUACAAAUGAUCCGGAGAGCCAUCAACACCCUGAAGAAGAUGAGGAGUGAAGAUACCUCUGCUGACAGAAGCAUCAACAUCUUCCACUGUCUGACAGAGAUGAAGGACCACUCAGUACAUCAGGAGAUCCAAGAGUUCCUGCAGUCAGAGAACAGAUCACAGAAGGAACUCUCUGAGAUCCAGUGCUCAGCUCUGGCUCACAUGCUGCAGAUGUCAGAGGAGGUUCUGGAUGAGUUGGACCUGAUGAAGUACAACACGUCACAGGAGGGACGACGGAGACUGAUUCCAGCUGUGAGGAACUGCAGAAAGGCUGUACUUUAUGGAUGUAACAUCUCAGAGACUGAUUGUGAAGUCGUGGCCUCAGCUCUGAAGUCCAACCCCUCCCACCUGAGAGAGCUGAGUAUAACACCACUGAAGGUAGGAGUGAAGCUGCUGUGUGCUGGACUGCAGAGUCCAAACUGUAGACUGGAGACGCUGAGGUCAGUUCACUGACUGUAGCUCGUGUAGUAAAUAUAAUUGGCACAAUUUGCAGAAGGUGAAGACGUUGUAAUUAUUAUUAUUGUCUUCUUUAUUUUUCAAAUGUCUGAAUAUUGUGGAGAAUGACGUAAAGUAGAGAAAGUAAAUGUUUGACGGGACAGUUGUUGAGCUU